AUGACCGACUGGGAGACGGCUCCUGCCGUCACCGAGACCCCCGACAUCAAACUCUUCGGCAAAUGGAGCACCGACGACGUGCAAAUCAACGACAUCUCUCUCCAGGAUUACAUCGCCGUGAAGGAAAAAUACGCCAAGUACCUGCCGCACAGCGCCGGGCGCUACGCGGCCAAGCGUUUUCGUAAAGCCCAGUGCCCCAUCGUCGAGCGUCUCACCAAUUCCAUGAUGAUGCACGGCCGCAACAAUGGCAAGAAGUUAAUGACCGUGCGCAUCGUUAAGCACGCCUUCGAGAUCAUCCAUCUGCUCACGGGGGAGAACCCUCUGCAAGUCCUGGUUAACGCCAUCAUUAACUCCGGACCCCGGGAGGACUCGACCCGUAUCGGUCGCGCCGGAACCGUCCGUAGACAGGCCGUGGACGUGUCUCCGCUGCGCCGCGUCAACCAGGCCAUUUGGCUGCUGUGCACCGGAGCCCGUGAAGCCGCUUUCCGGAACAUCAAAACCAUCGCUGAGUGCUUGGCCGACGAACUCAUCAAUGCCGCCAAGGGCUCUUCCAACUCCUACGCCAUCAAGAAGAAGGACGAGCUGGAGCGUGUGGCCAAGUCCAACCGUUAA